GAACUUCAGUGCUGGAGACGGUGUCCAUCGCUGUGAGUGCUUAUGGUGCUGCUCGUCAACACACGCCCUGCCUCCUCCUUCCAUUUUUAUCCUCAGCUCUCCCCUGGGUCCCAGCCGGCAUCAGCCUUGCUCCCUCCCCUUGCCGUUCUCCCUGUGCCUCUUCACACGGCGGCUGCAGCUUGCCUUUUGGCUCGUUUUGCUGAAGAUUUUACAUCCUCCCCUGCUUCUCUGAGAGCAGCAGCCUCUGCGGCUCUUGGUCCUCUGGCAGGAAAGAUGCCUUUGCCUUGAGGCACUGCUGGUCUUCCCUGUCCCGUUCCCUCUCCUUUCGGCCUCAGAAACCUGCUGAAAAGGAAGGAAACAGGGCUGAACCCCGCCAAAAGGGCAAGGGAGUGGGUGAUGCUCUUCCCCAGCCCCCCGGAGGACGCCUGAGCACAGUGUUGCCAUCUCAACGGACCUGCUGCUCCCGAGAUAAGGCGGCGGCAGCAUCAGCAGCAGCCCCAGCUUGGACCGGUCCUGCUCCAGCACCAGAUUGUACCCCCCAUCGCCUCGCUCCCCUCCAAUAUUCAAAGGGAGAGAAGAGCCCAUUUCCAUUAUGUCAACAGAAUGUGUUCAGCCACUUGAUAUCCCAGAAGACAGACCAGACAAGCGAGAUUCACACUGUAACCAUUUAGAGGAUCUUUCAGAGCAGCUGAUUAAGAGCUGUGACCUCAAAAAGAAACCAAGAAAAGGUAAAACCAUCCAGGCUUCUCAAAACACUGAACAGGAGCAAAAAAAGCCAAGGAGAAAAGAUACACCAGCUAUACACACCCCACCACCUCUGACAGGCAUACUUUCAGACUUUUCUGAUAAUCUGCUGAAAACAUAUGGUAUCACAGAGAGACCACAGAGAGAGAGAGUGAGUCCAGGCUCACAGAUUGCUGAACUGGAGCAGAAAAAGCCCAGGAGAAAAGAUACACCUGCAAUACACAUCCCACCCUUGAUAAUAGGCGCUAAGCUGCUUACAGAAGAAAAGCAAACGGUGAUUAUGGAAGAUGAAGAAAAGGAUGGAGACACAAUCCCCAGUUAAGAUUACAAUGAUAUUUCCAGUAAUGCAGUGUAAAUAAUUCUGGGUCAUUCAAAGUGGCAGCACAUAAUAAAACCAGUCCUUUCAUUUCUAUAAACAAUGAUUUUCUCAAGCAUGCACUUGAAUUUAAAUUCUCAAGUGCUUAUCCACAUUUCAUAAAAUCCCAGCAAGCACCACAGAAGAUGAUGACAGGAAUUUCACUUACAUGUGGAAUUGGAAGGAUUCUCUUUCUUGACUAAAAGCCGCUUUCCAGGAUCUUUGUCAUGAGGAACCCAACUCAGAUCAGAUCUAGCUUUGUGAGCAUGGUGAGAAUGGGUAACACAAAGGACACAACCAAGCCACUGCACCUCGCUCUAGCUACCAGAGCAUUUGGUAGCACAAGGCUGUAAAACAUCAACUAAUAAUUCAAAUUGCAUUGUUCUCCUGACAAUUCACCUCAUUUGUCCAGCUUUCCUCUGCUGGAGUAACACUGCCCACAGUGCAAAUUCCCAAGUGGGACAGACAGAGAGAGUGGGAAGGUAGGAUUCCACUCUAGAGUCCCUGAAAUGCAAAGCAAACACUUCUUCUUCCUCAUCUGCUCAGGACCUGUAUUUGUGAGGAGAAAAAAGGCAGAUCUAGUGCAGUAUAAAAACUUACAGCUAAGGGCUAUCAACACACACAUCAAAGAGGACUGAGAGCAGAGGUCUAAGAAGAGAAAUAUAUGGGAAGUGCAGUGGCUGACUGUUACACCAGGGUAGACAAAGGAUUUAUGGAUUUAUUGUUUUUUCCCUUUCAAGGGUUUUAUUCCUAGGUUAGUGAAAGAUAAACUAAUUGGAUAGUUGAUAUUUUUACUCCAUAUUUUUUCUUUUUAUAUCUGCUUUUUGGAACCCUAGAUUGUCAGUUAGGAGGGGUUGUAAAGAUUAAAAAUCACAAGAGAAGAGUAAAAAUUGAGUAAAAGGAAUAGCAUUACUCCAUGGCAUAUGCAUACUGCACAAUGGAACAGCACCAUGUUUUUUUUUCUUUAAUAGUUCACCUCGUUGAUUCAGUCAAGAAGAGUUUUCACAGUCAGCUACAGCCUUCAGCAUUUGUAUAAACAGAGAUGGGUACCUAUAGAAUACUAUACAAAAUAAGCAGAACAGGGUAGUUUUGUGCUUACCUUAAUAGUUCCAUUCGCUAGACAGAGCAGCACUGCUGGCUGGACCCUUAGGGACCUCAGCAGAGAGGUUAAAGAUUAUCUAGCCUGGCAGACGGAAUUUAGUUAUCUUUCUAACACUCUUAGGCAGGCAGCUGAGGAGCACACUAGUUUGGACUUCAUUUGCCACAGUGACUGACCCAGCAUCUCUCAUGAGAAUGCAGCCAAUUUGCAGAUAUUCAGCUUUAAGAUGUAAUCAACUAGCUUAUAAUAAAUAAUAAAGUAUUGAAGUGUUCAAGAGGCCAUUAAUGGGAUGUCUGAUACCUAGCAGGUGUACUUUUAAAAAUCUUGUUAAUCUGUCAGUGAGAUGAGACAAUAUUUAAAAUAAAAGUAAUCAGUAGUUCAUGUAAGGUACACAGUAAAGUCUAUCACGGCAAGAAAUGUGACAAGAAAUAUGUGUGAUUCAAGUCUAGCUUUAUCAGUGAAGUUGGUGAAUAUUUUCAGUGCACAAUACAGCAAGAGUGAGACUGCGGACCCCUGAAAAGGUUCAAAUGACCAUCAGCAAUGGAUUAGCUAUGAAAAUGUACAUAUUUGGACAUGAAGGCCCUUGACAACACAAGGCGGAAGCACAAAUAGGAUGUGACUGACUUCAGUGCUCUGAAGAGCAUUUUUUUCCAAGCCUGGGGAAUGCUGAUCCAGUUUAAUACAAAAAAAAAAAAAAAAAAAACAACCAAAUAAAAGCGCAUCCUUUAAGCCUAGCACUGUAUGUUCUUCGCCAAAGAGGAGCUGCGGUCCCAGUGACAUCUCUGACAGCACAGCAGCCUAAUUUACCAUCCCUGUAUAGAUCAACUUGAAGCCCAGCCAUAAAAAUGCCACAACAUACAUCAUUUCCUGCAGUUCAUUUAAAAUUGCAUAUUCAUAGCCUGGUAAUUCAGCAUUUACUGUUUUUCCACCCAGGAGCAACAUGAGCGACUAAAAAGUAAUUUUUCACUUGAUCAAUUAAGUAAAUCGGAGUUUUUGCAAUGUUCCUGGGAAGCAGUGCGAUGAAUCAAAGCUUUCACCUGCCUCAUUGCACUCAGUGAAAGUGUUAAAUGAUACUUUAUUUGGGAGUAAGAUAUUCUUUGUUUUCACAUCAGAAAAACGCUGCCUCUUCCCCUAAAACAAAGCCUUUAGGUGUUGCAGAACAAUGUGUGGACUGCACCACAGAGUGGACCUGGUUUAUGGCAUUUAUUUACUCUCAAUCAGGCCCUAAACUCUCCCUUUGAGACCAGACAAUGCUAAAACUGCAAAUUGCUCUCCUGGGCAAAUGGCUGGAGUUGGUGUGUUCUGGGGCAGAAAUGCUUUUCUACCCAGUGUCCCUGAAGGUCCCCCAUGGCCACUGCAGCCAAAACAGAAGGAAAGGGAAAGCACACACAGAUUAAGCCUUUCCACAGCGCUGUUAGGACGGGGAUGCUCCAGACUGAAGUCCCUUCCAUUUUCUGCACAUAGGCAUUGACUGCCCCAGGGCCUCAGGAGCCAGCUUGCAUUCAGAUAUUUACCUGGAACUGCAUCUCACCCCAGAGGUCUGCAGUGGGCAGGACAACCAGGCCGAGGCCUUGGGGAGAAUGAAGGGCUUCAGUCAGUAUCCACUUUGCUAAUCUUCAAUUCACCUCUACUUAGAAAUGAAGAGACAAGUCUUCAUUUACAACAGACUUGUGACCGUGACAUCUAACGGCCUUGUGCUUUAACAACUUUCAGCUAAGCCCGUCACCCGUCUAAAGGGGAUAUUAUGAGCAUUUUUGUAGAGCUAAACAUGAGGUCCAUAGGUUAACAGAUUUGCCCAGCUGAACAACAGCAGAAACAAAUCCAAAGCAACAUUCAUGAUGCUUUCACUAACUCGCACUAUAUUCACAGACAAGGCAGCAUUUGCUUGCAUUGAGUUUAGCAAUACUUACGCUGAAAUUUUGUCUGGUUGAAAUUUUUUCUUACUGGUUAAUAAAUUGAUAACUGUACAAUGCUUUUACCACUUAAAUUAAUAGAUGUGUUUAGAUACUUGAGAUUAAAUUUUGUAUGCAUGACUUUACAAUAUUCUUGUAUACGGAGAGAUAGCCCAGCAAUUGCAUCUACAACAAAAAUCGAAAAUGCACAUCAGUGAAGCACAUUAGAAAUUUCGGCUUCUCACUUGUAUUAAGAUACGUUCAUAAACACA